CUAUAUGUGAACGUAUCGCUACCUCUCCUCCAUUUCUUUUCAAUUCCACCUUUUCUUUCCUUCUAGAAAAUUUCCCCACAAAGAUGUGUAGUUUGAUUGAUCUCAAUACCGUCGACGACGACGACGACGACUCUCCUCCUCCUCCUCCGCCGUUCGAUUCCCCUUCUUCAUCUCCGGCGGUGUGUUUAGAGCUCUGGCACGCUUGUGCCGGUCCUCUCGUCUCUCUCCCAAAGAAAGGCACUGUGGUGGUUUACUUCCCUCAAGGCCACUUAGAACACGCCUCUGAUUUUCCCGCCACAAUCUACCAUCUUCCUCCUCAUGUCUUCUGUCGAGUUCUCCAUGUCAAUCUUCAUGCCGAGGCAGCAACUGAUGAGGUUUAUGCACAAGUCUCCCUAAUUCCUGAUGCUCAGCAGAUUGAGCAGAAAUGGAGACAAGGGAAAAUUGAAGCAGCAAGUGAAGAAGAGGACAUAGAAGGUGCUGUGAAAUCGAUCACACCGCACAUGUUCUGCAAGACCCUUACUGCUUCUGAUACUAGCACUCAUGGAGGAUUUUCUGUCCCUCGCCGGGCUGCCGAGGACUGCUUCCCUCCCUUGGAUUAUAAACAACAAAGGCCUUCACAAGAGCUUGUAGCAAAAGAUUUACAUGGGAUUGAAUGGAAGUUCCGACAUAUAUACAGGGGCCAGCCUCGAAGGCAUCUGCUGACUACUGGUUGGAGUGCAUUUAUCAACAAGAAGAAGCUUGUCUCCGGAGAUGCUGUGCUCUUUCUGAGGGGUGGUGAUGGAGAAUUGAGAUUGGGAAUCCGAAGAGCAGCUCAAGUCAAAACUGAUUCUACUUUUCCAGCUCUUUCUAGCCAGAAGUUGAAUGUUGGCACUAUCAGUGCUGUUGUCAAUGCUAUAUCUAUGAGAAACGUGUUCAACGUUCGCUACAAUCCCAGCCGUGUAGUCAGUCAUACAACAGAUCAACCUCUACAUUGUACUCCAAAGUUUCAGGCUAGCUUGUCGGAGUUCAUAAUUCCGUUCCGUAAAUUCUCAAAGAGCCUUAGUCAUUCUUCUUCUGUUGGAAUGAGGUUUAAAAUGCGUUUUGAAACAGAAGAUGCAACUGAAAGAAGGUAUACGGGACUAGUUACUGGGGUUAAUGAUGUGGAUCCUGUUAGAUGGCCUGGUUCAAAAUGGAGGUGCCUGUUGGUAAGGUGGGAUGAUCUAGAAAGUCCCCGACAUAACAGGGUUUCUCCUUGGGAGAUUGAGCCAACUGGUUCAGUUUCUGCAUCCAGCAGCUUGGUGGCACCUGGUAUGAAGAGGAAUAGGGUUGGUUUGUCUUCGACAAAACCAGAUUUUCCAGUUCCCAGAGAUGGGACAGGAAUGUCAGACUUCGGGGAAUCUUUUAGGUUCCAGAAGGUCUUGCAAGGUCAAGAAAUUUUAGGUUUUAAUUCUCCUUGUGAUGUUCAUAAUUAUUGUUCAUCAGAGAUGAGGAGGUGCAAUCCUGGUUCUGUUUGUUCCACAAUUUCUGCAAUUGGAAAUGGUGUCAGAAACCCGUUUGGAGAUUCUUCUGUUUCCUAUGAUAACAUAGGCUUUGGUGAAUCAUUUCAAUUUGAUAAGGUCUUGCAAGGUCAAGAAACAUAUUUAAACUCAGGUUAUAGAAGAGGCCCGGCUGCUAACAAAGUGCAGGAAAACCAGGACCAAGGAAUCACUGACGGUGUUCCAUCUUCAAGCUCUGGGAGUGGAUGGUCUGUCCUGAUGCAGGGGCAUAAUGCUUGUCUGCGCUCGUCCACACCAUCAUUACAAUCAUCAUCGCCUUCUUCGGUGUUAAUGUUCCAGCAAACAUGCACUCCUGCUUUGAACUUCCAUUCAACAUGCAGAGUUAAUCAGGAGCAUGAGAUUAACAACCAGAAAGCAUUUGAUAUUUCUGAUACAUAUUGUGGUAAGGAAGUUAUACAAGGUGUCAGUUCUUUUGCUAUUUCAAAAGGGCAAAACCAACCGGGUAUUUCACAUUCUACUCUUGCAACUCAUUCAUCAAAUGGGGGCAGUCAAGAUUUAGGAACCAUGUGUAAGAGUAGUUGCAGGCUCUUUGGUUUUCCCUUGACCGAGGGAAGAAAUACCACAAAUAAAGAUUGCAAUCCCGCUCAAGUUUCAUCUGCAUAUAAUCCCGACACCUCUUUUCUACCCCAUGGUGAUCAGCAUUUGCAUCCUAAGCCUCCUCUGGUGACUAAGUUAAUUGGAAGCAGUUGUACCAAAGGAAGCGACCUCUAUGCUGUUAGAGAUAUGCUUCUUGAUGUUGCAUUGUUGUAAGAUAAGAAAUGUUUAGUUUGCGAAGGAGUGUUGUUGAAAUUAAGGGUAAUUGAUCUCACUGAUGGUUUGAUGUUGGAAAGGCAUUUGGAUGGUGUAGAGAAGGGAAGGAACUUGUUUACAAGGAUCGUGAGGAUGAUUGGAUGCAUGUUGAAGAUUUUAUGUAGCAGUAAGUAACCUUUUAAUAGUCAUUAUAUGUGUUGUAAUGCAUUUGGAUUUUCAUGCAUUUGAGCUUUGAACAUGAAGCUGGGUACUAACGGUGAUGCCUAAUGCGGUAGAUUCCCGAAGGCCCUCAUGGAAGUGCCAUGGUGGGAUUUCCAUGGAACUUUUGAUUUGAAGAUCUUGUGUAUUUCUAUGAAAAGUCCAGAGUCCAAAGUCACGGUACAAGGAGAAGAUCCAAAUUAAUAUGAAAAUUCUAGUUUGUUAGCCUUGUAAGGCGGUGGAUUAGUUGGUUAUCUGAACAGCUUGUUUCCUGGAUGAUUCGAGCUUCAUUAGGAAUCUAUUUAGUCUUUAGUUUUAGACACGUUUGGUUCGUUGGAUUCUAACGCUCUUCAAGUUAUUUGAGCUAUGUUUUGCAGGAAAUUCUGCAAUGUUAAAACAUUGUGACACUCAUUAAUGAAUGAAUGUGAUGGUGACGUGUUGAGGUUUCAAAGUGUCACAGCAGUCAAGAAAUUGUUGUGAAUUUGUGACUUAUAAGUUUUUUGCUAUGGGAAAAACAAUCCUAACUAAUUUCAUGUAUUUUUCACAUAGGAGUCUUUACUCAUGAAAGGACUUCUUAAACUCUGAAAUAUAUUCUAUCCACUUUGGAAAUGUUAUUGUGAGCUGAAAUUUAUUUUGUUUA